AUGUCGUUAGCGCUGUUGAAGGCAGCUAGGUCAAAAGGAAGCUCCUCAUUCAAACAAUCUUCGUACGCAGCAUGGAGAAGACAUUUUGCAACUCCAGCCGCAUCUGUACAAGUUCCGUUAAGUCCUUUGGAGCCGUACAACCCGUUGGAUUAUGGAUCGCGACUCCAUGCCCUUCAUGACUUGCAAAAGUCCAAUAAACGACCCCUGACGCUCUCCGAAAAGAUCCUAUACAGCCACCUAGUCUCCGGCAAAGAUGGGUGGUCGCUCGACGAAAUACAUCGAGGCAAGACGAUACUGCGGCUGCGACCUGAUCGAGUAGCAUGCCACGAUGCCACAGCAACAAUGGCUUUGCUUCAGUUCAUUAGCGCUGGUCUUCCACGCGUCAGAGUUCCGACAUCCGUACACAGCGACCACCUGAUCGUUGCCGAGAAAGGUGACAAGGAGGAUCUCGCCCGCGCCGCUAGCGACCACGAAGAGGUGUAUGCCUUUCUCGGCAGUGCGACGAAGAAAUACGGAAUCGGGUACUGGAAGCCAGGAGCGGGAAUCAUACACACAACCAUCUUCGAGAACUACGCCUUUCCAGGUGGCCUCAUGAUUGGCACGGACUCGCACACACCGAAUGCCGGAGGAAUGGGCAUGCUAGGUAUCGGUGUCGGUGGGGCUGAUGCUGUCGAUGCAAUGUCUGGUAUGCCGUGGGAGCUCGUCUGUCCAAAGGUCUGCGGCGUGCGCCUGACCGGCAAACUCCAGGGAUGGAGCUCGUCAAAGGACAUAAUCUGCAAGCUUGCGGGUAUCCUCACUGUUUCUGGAGGUAAAGGCAAAGUCAUUGAGUUCUUUGGUCCAGGCACCGAAACGCUGGGAGCUACGGCAAUGGCAACCGUCUGCAACAUGUCUGCCGAAAUUGGAUCAACGUCUUGCGUGUUCCCCUACUCUGAAGCCAUGUCACGAUACCUAUCAGCCACAAAGCGGAAGAAUAUCGCCGACUAUGCCGAUAUUUUCAAACAGCCACUCUUAGUUGGAGACGAGGGUUGCGACCGCUACUACGACGAAAUAAUCGAGAUAGACCUCUCUACCCUUGAGCCUCACAUUAAUGGCCCCUUCACCCCGGACCUAGCACACCCACUAUCUCAAUUCAAACGACAUGUCAGCGAGAGCUCAUGGCCGUCAGACAUCUCUUGCAGCCUAGUCGGGAGUUGCACGAAUAGCUCGUACGAAGAUCUAGAAAAGGUUCGCCAUCUCGUCGUUCAAGCCAGGGAAGCUGGACUGGAGAAGACAAAGACUCGGUUCCUGGUUAGCCCAGGAAGUGAGCAAAUCCGUGCCACGGCAGAGGAGGAAGGGAUUCUCGAUACGCUCAGACAAGCUGGAGCAGUUGUUUUGAGUAAUUCCUGUGGCCCAUGUGUCGGACAAUGGGAUCGGGAAGACGUCGAUGUAAAGAAUGCCGAAAAGAACUCGGUUAUUUCCAGCUUCAACCGCAACUUCACAGGUCGCCAUGACAGCAAUCCUGCCACUCAUUCUUUUGUCACAUCACCUGAGCUCGCCGCAGCAUUUGCCUUCGCUGGCAAUCUCACGUUCAACCCCAUGACUGAUGACAUCCCCAUACCCGGUCCAUGUGGUGCUCCCAAGAAGUUCCGUUUCACGCCCCCUCGAGCUGCCGAGCUCCCGGUCGUCUUCUCUCCAGGCACCGACCGUUUUCAACCUCCUGUACUAUCGGAUACAACGGAAUUGAAAGUCAACAUCCUCCCUUCCAGCGACAGACUCCAGCUCCUGACACCAUUUGACCGAUGGCAAGUCGGCAAAGCGUGUGGCAUGAACAUCCUGAUCAAGGUGCGUGGCAAAUGUACAACAGAUCACAUCUCGCCCGCCGGUCCUUGGUACAAGUACCGGGGUCAUCUGGAGAACAUCAGCAAUAACAUGCUCCUCGGAGCCACCAACGACUUCUUAGCCGACGCUAGCUCAUUGAACAUGAUUGGUAAAGCCAUGGAUCCGGUUGAUGGCCAAACCAAACCCGUGCCUCAAGCUGCGAGAAGCAUGAAGAGCGCCGGCAUCAGGUGGUGCAUCAUCGGAGACGACAAUUACGGCGAAGGAAGCUCGCGAGAACAUGCUGCGCUGGAGCCGCGAUAUCUGGGUGGUGUUGCCGUCAUUGCCAAGAGCUUUGCUAGAAUCCACGAGACGAACUUGAAGAAGCAGGGCAUGUUACCGCUUACGUUCAGUGAUCCCGCAGACUACGGCAAAAUACAGAAAGGGGACCAAAUCACGCUCGUAGACGUCGAAGAUGCUGAUUUGCGGCCCGGAAAGCAGGUGACCAUGGAGGUCAUCACCCUACAAGGCUCCAGAUGGACGGCCAAGUUGAAUCACAGUUUCGAAAUCAAUCAGAUUGAAUGGUUGCGGGCGGGGAGUGCGCUCAACCACAUCAAGCGCGUUGCAGUUCGUGGCGAAGCAUGA